AAUCAUGACAUUUAAGGUCUAAUCUAAGAUUGAAGCAUGAUGUUUCCCUUUGUUUAUAUUAAUUAUUAUUGUUUGUUGUUCACAUUAAUAAUACAUGUCCUCCUGUACUAUUUACAUCAUUGUUUGACUUUAAGAUUGGGAUGGUACGACCUAAACUCUGGUUAGCAAAAAUGUCAUACAAUUAAGACAACACAUUUCGUUUUUCAUCUUCUCUUUUUCGACUUUAGGCCCAUUUUGUAACCUGUCAUCGAGGCAAAGUCACAACACCUGAAUCUGCUGAUAGUAUUCUAAGUUUGGUAUGCUGUAAUUCUGAUCACACCACUUAAUUUGUAUCAUCCCUGUUAAAUACUGUUGAGACCCUCAGAGGAGACGUCGCAUUGCUCUCGGUUACAUCCUCUCACGGCACUGCAGCAGAUUCCGUUGCAUAGCAGAGACCUCAAGGCACAUGAGGUGUGCUCUGUCUAUCUUUGGUGUCUUGUUACUAAAUGAAGCAUGUCACGGGUAAGAGAACAAGCCAGAGAGUGGUGUCGGGGAAGGAGGAAAGAGGGAGGGAGGGAAUGGGGGAAAGCACAGGAGACGACAGCUCUGAUCUCACUACCUGGGAAAAGCCACUUCAAGGGCGCUGGAGUCACACAGAUCACACAAGUCUGAGUACAGAGGAAUUUCAUUGCCUGACACAACCAAAGUCACAGCUUUUGCCUGCUUGAGUGGAUUGAAUUGACUGUUCUGACAUACAGUAGGUUAGUACCUGCCAGAUAUGGCUGAGGCGCAUCAGGCAGUGGGCUUCAAGUUCACUGUGCGGCCAGAUGGUGUGGACCUCAAACUGAGUCAAGAGGUCAUCAAAAACAUCUACCUGUCUGGAGUGACGGCAUGGAAGAAGCGAGCCAUUCUAUUCAAGAAUGGUGUAUUAGCUGGAGUCUAUCCUGCCAGUCCGUCCAGCUGGCUGAUAGUUGUGAUCGCCAUGAUGAGUUCCUUGUAUAUCCCCAUAGACCCGUCUCUAGGAAUGAUUGAAGCGAUCAAGGAAAGCCUACCACACAGAGAGUAUUUAUCAGUGCAGACCCGAGCGGUGCUGAGUGCCAUCCUGUUUGCCACUGGACUGUGGCUGUUCUUCAUCUACCUCUUGAGAUACACACUCAAAGCUCUGCUCUCCAACCACGGAUGGAUUUUUGAAUCCCAUGGAAAAAUGAGCACAUCAACCAAAGUGUGGCUGAGCCUCGUGAAGAUGUUCUCUGGCCGCAGGCCGCUGCUCUACAGUUUCCAGGCCUCCUUACCCAGGCUUCCUGUGCCCAGUGUGGAUGAUACCAUUCAAAGGUACCUGGAGUCAGUCCGUCCUCUGCUCAACAGUGAUCAGUACAACCAGAUGGAGAUGUUGGCCAACGACUUUAAAGAUUCAAAAGCAGCCCGGCUACAGAGAUACCUAAUCCUAAAAUCCUGGUGGGGGACAAAUUAUGUAAGUGACUGGUGGGAGGAGUACAUCUACCUCAGGGGUAGGGGUCCUAUCAUGGUGAACAGUAACUUCUAUAUAAUGGACCUCUUGUACGUGACCCCUACACACCGACAGGCCGCUCGGGCAGGGAACGUGGUUCAUGCCAUGCUGCAGUACAGGCGCAAACUGGAACGUGGUGAACAUGCACCGCUGAGGGCUUUGGGGACAGUUCCUAUGUGUUCCACUCAGAUGGAGAGGAUAUUUAACACCACCCGCAUCCCUGGAAUUGAAACAGAUAUUGUGCAGCACCUGACUGACCGCAAGCACUUGGUUGUCUACCACAAGGGCAGGUUCUUCCAAGUGUGGCUGUACACUGGAGGGCGCCACCUCUUGCCCAGCGAACUGGAGACACAGUUUCAAAGGAUCCUCAAUGAUACAUCAGAACCUGAGCCAGGAGAACUCAAAUUAGCUGCCCUGACUGCAGGAAACAGAGUUCCAUGGGCUCGGGCUCGAAUUAAAUAUUUCGGCCAGGGAGGAAACAAAGUGUCCCUGGACACCAUCGAGUCAGCUGCCUUCUUCCUGACGCUAGAUGACGAGCCAGAGGGUUACGACCCUGCAAAGACCAAAUCGCUUGACAGUUACGCCAAGUCUCUCCUUCAUGGAAAAUGUUACAACAGGUGGUUUGACAAGUCUUUCACCUUGAUCUCUUAUCCAAAUGGAAAAAUGGGUAUUAAUGCUGAACAUUCUUGGGCUGAUGCACCAAUUGUUGGACAUAUGUGGGAGUAUGUUCUUGCAACAGACUGCUUCCAUCUUGGCUACACGGAGGAGGGCCAUUGUAAAGGUGAUGUGAACAAAGGUCUGCCCCAUCCCUCUCGACUGCAAUGGAAAAUUCCAAAAGAGUGCCAAGAGGUCAUUGAGACUUCAUACUUGUCAGCCAAGCAGAUAGCUGACGACGUGGACUUCCAUGGCUUACUAUUUCAUGAGUUUGGGAAAGGAUUGAUCAAGAAGUGCCGGAGCAGCCCGGAUGCCUUCAUUCAGUUGGCCCUGCAGCUGGCACAGUUCAGGGACCAGGGUUUGUUCUGUCUGACUUACGAGUCAUCAAUGACCCGUAUGUUCAGAGACGGUCGGACAGAGACCGUACGCUCCUGCACUUCUGAGGCUGUUGCAUUCGUCAGAGCCAUGGAGGAUGCAGGUGCAACCAAUGCCCAGAGACUUGCCCUGUUUCGGAAAGCAGCAGAUAAGCAUCAAAACAUGUAUCGCCUGGCCAUGACUGGUUCUGGUAUCGACCGUCACCUCUUCUGUCUCUACAUUGUGUCCAAAUACCUUGGUAUUGACUCGCCAUUCCUUAAGAAGGUGCUUUCGGAGCCCUGGAAGUUGUCUACCAGCCAGACUCCACAGCAGCAGCUCAAUUUAGUGGACAUCAACAAGUUCCCUAAAUAUGUGGGUGCUGGUGGUGGAUUUGGCCCAGUGGCUGAUGAUGGUUAUGGUGUGUCUUAUAUAAUAGUUGGGGAAAACCUCAUCACAUUCCACAUCUCCAGCAAGUUUUCCAGCCCGGACACAGACUCAUUCCGGUUUGGUCAGCACAUUUGUAACGCCAUGCUCGAUAUCCAGGCACUUUUCAAGCCUGAAAAUGAUAAGAAGACAGUGGAGCAUGCAACGCAUGCACAUCUGGAAAAUGGGAAAAAGCACAUAUAACCGUCACUGUGCAGUUGUAUGCUGGAUAUGCAGAUGAGAGGUUGCACUUGUGAUCUUUAUGGACACAUUAUAGGAGCUGGUCAGUCAGUCAGAAUAAAUAAAUUGUUGUUACUUCUCUAAUAUUGUUCUGUUUUAUAUUAUACCUUCCAGAGCUGUGUUGCGUUGGUGCAGAUAGAUCUUUAAAAAACGGGAAUUUUUGGUUUAUGCAAUUGUUGUUUCUCCCUUUUUGUCAGUUUGCCAUAAACUGUAUAUGAAGCCAACUUGAUGUAAUUAAUCCAGGUAUCAUCUUUAUAUAUGGUCUAUGGUUUGUGCAUAUGAAACUUGUAAAUAUAAAACUCAGUACUGUCUGAAAGUAUAAUUUGUUACAUGCUAGUAUUUAUGAAUUGCUGCUGUCCUUUUUGAUUAAAAUAUUAAAGAUGA